UCUCUCUCUCUCUCUCUCCAUUUGUCCUCCUUUUCACAUUCCCUGCUUUACUUCAAUCAUUGUACGUAUAAAUAAAUAUACACAUCUAAGCACAAAGCGGAGCUAAGAUCGGAUCAGAUCAUUAGAGUCUCUCUCAUUCUCAGAUCUCUCUGUUUCUGUUUGAUCUAAUCCAGGUGAAGAAUGGCGCAGAUAUUGCUGCACGGAACUUUACACGCAACGAUCUAUGAGGUGGAUAAGCUUCAUAGUGGGGGUGGACCCCACUUUUUUCGCAAGCUCAUGGAAAACAUUGAGGAGACAGUUGGUUUUGGCAAGGGAGUCACUAAACUCUAUGCAACUAUUGACUUAGGAAAGGCUAGAGUUGGGAGGACCAGAAUACUUGAAAAUGAACACUCUAACCCCAGGUGGUAUGAGUCUUUUCACAUUUACUGUGCUCAUCAGGCUUCGGAUGUUAUAUUCACAGUCAAGGAUGAUAAUCCCAUUGGGGCAACUUUAAUUGGAAGAGCAUAUGUGCCAGUUGAAGAGUUACUAGAUGGGGAAGAGAUAGACAGAUGGGUUGAGAUAUUAGAUGAGGAAAAGAACCCUGUCAGCGGUGGUUCUAAGAUCCAUGUGAAGCUGCAAUACUUUGACAUUAGCAAGGACCGUAACUGGGGCCGGGGUAUCAGGAGUCCAAAAUAUCCUGGAGUGCCUUAUACAUUUUAUUCACAGAGACAAGGAUGUAGAGUCUCUCUCUACCAAGAUGCUCACGUUCCGGAUAAAUUUGUUCCUAAAAUCCCUCUGGCUGGGGGCAAGUACUAUGAGCCUCACAGGUGUUGGGAAGAUGUUUUUGAUGCAAUUACGAAUGCAAAACAUCUGAUCUACAUCACUGGCUGGUCUGUUUAUACUGAAAUCACCUUGGUAAGAGAUUCAAGGAGGCCAAAGCCAGGAGGGGAUAUCACUCUUGGUGAGCUGCUUAAAAAGAAGGCAAGUGAAGGUGUCCGGGUGCUUAUGCUUGUCUGGGAUGACAGAACCUCUGUUGGUCUAUUAAAAAAGGAUGGAUUGAUGGCUACUCAUGAUGAAGAAACUGAACACUUCUUCCAGAAUACUGACGUACAUUGUGUUUUGUGUCCUCGAAAUCCUGAUGAUGGUGGAAGCAUAGUUCAGGAUCUACAAAUCUCUACCAUGUUCACUCAUCACCAGAAAAUCGUGGUGGUUGACAGUGCAUUGCCUAAUGGAGAUUCUGAGAAGAGGAGAAUAGUUAGUUUUGUUGGGGGUCUUGACCUCUGUGAUGGAAGAUAUGAUUCCCCAUUCCAUUCCCUUUUCAGGACAUUGGACACAGCACACCAUGAUGAUUUCCAUCAGCCCAACUUUGCUGGUGCUUCAAUCCAAAAAGGUGGUCCAAGAGAACCUUGGCAUGACAUCCACUCUAGACUUGAAGGACCCAUUGCAUGGGAUGUCUUGUUUAAUUUUGAGCAGCGAUGGAGAAAGCAAGGGGGUAAAGAUCUGCUCCUUCCGAUGAGAGAACUGGAAGACGUCAUCAUUCCCCCUUCUCCAGUUAUGUUUCCUGAUGACUAUAACACAUGGAAUGUCCAGUUGUUUAGAUCCAUUGAUGGUGGGGCUGCAUUUGGUUUCCCUGAUACACCCGAAGAUGCUGCCAGAGCUGGGCUUGUUAGUGGAAAAGAUAAUAUCAUUGACCGAAGCAUUCAGGAUGCUUAUAUCAAUGCCAUUCGAAGGGCAAAGAAUUUCAUUUAUAUUGAAAAUCAGUACUUCCUUGGAAGUUCAUUUGGUUGGAGUCCUGAUGGUAUUAAGCCCGAGGAUAUUAAUGCAUUGCAUCUAAUUCCCAAGGAACUUUCACUUAAGAUAGUUAGCAAGAUUGAGGCAGGGGAGAGGUUCACUGUCUAUGUUGUUGUUCCAAUGUGGCCAGAGGGCAUCCCAGAGAGUGGAUCAGUUCAAGCAAUAUUAGAUUGGCAGAGAAGAACAGUGGAAAUGAUGUAUAAGGAUAUUGUACAGGCUCUUCGAGCCAAAGGUAUUGAGGAGGAUCCUCGGAACUACUUGACAUUUUUCUGCAUUGGCAACCGUGAAGUGAAAAGGAGUGGUGAAUAUGAACCUUCAGAAAAACCUGAGUCUGAUACAGAUUAUGAAAGAGCUCAAUCUGCCCGGCGCUUCAUGAUUUAUGUUCAUUCAAAGAUGAUGAUCGUUGAUGAUGAGUACAUAAUAGUUGGGUCUGCCAACAUCAACCAGAGGUCAAUGGAUGGUGCCAGGGACUCAGAAAUAGCUAUGGGAGCCUACCAACCAUAUCAUUUGUCAACCAGGCAGCCAGCACGAGGUGAGAUCCAUGGUUUCCGUAUGGCAUUAUGGUAUGAACACCUUGGCAUGCUUGAUGAUUCCUUCCUUAAUCCGGAAAAUGAGCAAUGUGUAAGGAAGGUGAACCAGGUUGCAGAGAAAUAUUGGGAUCUAUAUUCAAGUGAGACACUUGAACACGACCUACCUGGUCAUUUGCUUCGUUAUCCUAUUGGGAUUACAAGUGAAGGAGAUGUGACAGAACUUCCAGGAACUGAGUUCUUCCCUGACACCAAGGCUCGUGUUCUGGGCGCCAAAUCUGAUUACCUCCCUCCUAUUCUCACAACCUAAUGGAACUCUACUCAGUUCUCUAAUAACAACUUGCUUUGUCGACUGGUUUAUAUUACUAGUUGUAGUGAAAAAUAAAUCAUCCUAUUCAAUGCUUGCUUGCUGUAUUGUUUUCCUGCCAGGAUGUUCAUAUCAGUGUUUACAGAGAUGUGUUAAUGCUAUGUUGUGAUAUGACGGAUGCUGAGUUGCUGACUGAUUUGAACUUUAAGCUUUGUUGAUCUCGCCUCUGUAUGUUCUCUUCAUUGUCCUAGAUUGUCUACAAUUUUCCCUGUAAUCAAUUUCUUAAUAAUCUCGUUCCGAAA